UGCUCGGAUAUGUCGGAAUCAAGCGUCAUGAGUGAUCGACUCAUAUAAAAACUCUUGGGUCGUAAGCACGAGCACAAGCACAAGCACAGGCACAAACACGACACAAAGAAAAGGAAUUGUGGAUCAUUCCUCGCUAUUUCCGACCCGAUACUACUCUGAACGACUCGCCAAGUCUUUGAUCUUGAUUCCUGCAUCUCUUUUUAUUUAUUUCAUUUAUUCAUUCAUCUCUGCGAUCCCAUCUCAUGAUGGACGCUCAUAAGACCAUCGUCGCUGGCGUCGCGGACCGAGUUAGGCACUUUCACGCCCGCCAGGAACCGUUCCGUCUAUACCAUGGCUCAACUAACAGCACACGGCACUCAAACCGGCGAGUGGACAACACCGUCGACACAAGCAAGCUCAACCAUGUCAUUGAAGUGAACAAAGAUUCCAAGACGGUGAUUGUUGAACCAAAUGUCUCGAUGGAAGUACUCGUCGAUGCGACGCUACCGCUGGGGCUUGUUCCGCUGGUCGUUAUGGAGUUCCCGGCUAUUACCGUUGGAGGUGGCUUUUCGGGGACGUCGGGAGAGAGCAGUUCUUUUCGGUACGGGGCUUUCGACGCGACUGUCAAUUGGAUUGAGAUUGUUCUUGCGGAUGGAAGCGUUACGCGUGCUUCAAAAACGGAGCAGCCGGAUCUUUUCUGGGGUGCUGCUUCGGCGUUCGGAACACUCGGUGUUGUUACGUUAUUAGAGGUUCAGUUGAAGGAAGCAAAGGAGUAUGUUGAGCUCAAGUACCGACUCGCAAGGGGGCCAUCUGAGUCUGUCAAGAUUAUCAAGGAGGAGUGUAAGAGGUGGGAGAAUGAUUAUGUGGAUGGGAUUGCUUACUCCAAGGAUACGACUGUUGUAUGUGCGGGACGAAUGGUGGAUGAAAUACCAAUCAGCGCUACGCCAAGGCAACUAAACCGACGGAAGGACAAGUGGUUUUAUCUUCACGUUGAAAAGGUUCGAGAUGGCCUACGGAUGGGGUCUGUUACGUGUGUCGCCGAUUACAUCCCAUUAAAGGAUUAUCUGUUCCGAUACGACAGAGGUGGUUUCUGGGUCGCUAAAUACGCCUUCGACUACUUUCUCACACCAUUUAACCGACUGACGCGAUAUAUCCUGGAUCCUCUACUUCGAGCUCGCGUCAUGUACUCUGCUGGGCACAAGAGUAACCUAUUUGACUAUUACAUGGUUCAAGAUGUCGGAGUGCCCUACAACAGCGUACCAGAGUUUCAAAACUGGCUGGACAAGCAAUUCAGAAUCUACCCCCUCUGGAUAUGUCCGUUGCGAGUACGACGAGAAGACCCAGACUCAGGAUACGGCCUACACGCAGAAUUUGCAAAACCAGGAACCGUGGAACUCAUGAACUUUGGAAUAUGGGGGCCCCUACAAGGAAACCGACGAGAUGCAAUUCGACAUAAUCGAGCACUAGAGCAAAAAGUACAAGACUGCGGAGGAAAGAAAUGGCUAUACGCCCAAGCAUACUACACAGAAGAUGAAUUCUGGUCACACUACAACAAAGAAGCGUACGAUGCGCUAAGAGAAAAGUACGGAGCGUCGUAUCUACCGAAUGUUUAUGACAAAGUCAAAGUAGACAUCGAAGGGGACGAGAAACUCAUGAAGUCAACUGCACGAACAGGAUGGCCGAUAAAAGGAUUGAGAGGAGUGUACAAAGCGGUUUUUGGGGGAGAUUAUCUGCUACAAAAGAAGAAAGAUGAACCGUCAGAGCAGAAGUAAGCGAUGUGUUAUUAUUAAUGUACAGCUACAGCUCCAUCGAGCAUGAUAGACAAUUUGAUACUCUGGGCAAGUCGCCUCCGUUAUGAAUACACUUUUUCGUUAUCUAUUCCGCUCUGAAAGGCCCCAUUGAACCACCGCCUUUUCUCCCACUCAACUCCUUCAUCGACUCGACUUCCUUGCCGUCUCGAAGCUCCUUGUAAUGGGAAGCAAUACCUGGUUUUCCCGAUGGUUGACCGAUGUACCCAAUCGCCGUCGAGUUGGCGGCUACCAUGUCGCUCUCGAGAGUUCUCUCCGGGGAUUUUCCUCGCGUGGGGAGCAUGAUGUAGACGCCGCCUGCGAUGACACCUGCUGCUGCAGCUAUGGGCAUCCUGGGGGUGUUAGUGGUGAUGGCAAGGAGGGCGAGGGUAACUGUACCAGUUCCUUGUGAUGGCCUCCGGACCGCCGGGGCGUGCAGGUGGGGGCUGCUGACCUCCGGGACCGCCGAGGUUACCAUCUGGAUGGGCGUGAGGGUUCGUAGUAGCAAGACGGAUCUGGGGGCGGAGGAGUGGGAUUCGCACCACAGGACGAAGGAUCAAUCUCAUGGACAUUUUGACUUAUUCAGAUACAGCGAUUAUUAUGAAGUAGUCUAUUGGAGUCUGUUAAUUGAGGGAGUUUAGCUAUUUAAUAGGGCUUCGGUCAAUGAUCUAAGAGCUUUGGAUGAUGGAGGGAUGACGUGGUGAACUACAGUAUCAGGAGCUUCCCCGCGUCAGAAUAUCUGGAGAAGUGUAGCCAUUGACGAUUAUUGGAUGUCAUUGAUGGGUGAGGGGCGUUUUGGGAUUGAGGCGGGAAUAGAAGCAUGUGAUGUGUGGAUGAAGGGUUUGGGUAUUGGAUUGGAAUUCUCUGGUCGUCGGUUGAAGGUUUGAGGAUGGUUGUAUUGAUGGACUGUUAACGGUGGCUAUAGACAUGAUAUGAUCUGUAUUGGCUCUAUAAGGUGAAGGUCCUAUGGGAGAUAGGAGACAAUUCUUUUGUUAGAGAGGAUCCAAGUAAAAUGCAUUGCCUGUU